CGGUGACAGCUAGAGGCAAGGGUGCUUGAUUGUUGUCUGGUCUUUCUUUUUCUUUGGUUGGGUGUGCCCUCUAAUUUACUGUAGAGUUUGACAUGAGAUCGACGACAAUGGAUUUUCUGGUGGCUACUGCAUAACAUUUUUCGUCAGUCUCUCAUCAGUGGCCAGUGGGGAUCCGUCCGGUUUAGUGUAAGGUUACUUCAAUUCAGAAGGUUUUUCUUGACAUUUGUUAGGUUCUUUCAUAAUAUUAGCAGAAAUUCUGUCGUUUUUUCUUAAUUAAAAAAAGAAGAAGAAGAAGGAUAAAAUAAAAUAUUGCACGAUUAUUGAAUAUUGAUUGGCUUGCAAUCCUACCGAGUCAACACAUUGAGAUCUACAGUAAAUAGAGGACUCAAAACAGAGAGCAGGAGGGGGGCUUCCAUCUGCUCGUUCCUGCAGUCUUAAUCAGAAAGACUACGAAGUUUGAGGAGCUGGUGGUGAAAGUGACAGGUUCUUGAUGGAAGCCGCAGAGAAAGGCUUAAAAGGAAGUAGAGUAAGAAUGUCGAAAAAUCGAUCUGGGAAUGAUGGAGGUGAUGAAGUUGUAGUGGUGGUUCAAAGCGAAGAGAUGGAAGAUGAAGCAAAAGGGUCUUGUUCGAAAGGGUUAGAAUCUUCAGCUCCUAAUCAAAUUAGCAAAGUGGAAUUGCAGGUUGGCUCUCAUUCCCCUGAGAUUACAGGAUCCAGCAACGCCCCCAUCCCCAAUGAGACCCUCACUAGGAGAAAGUCAUCUAUUAGUCUUGGUCAACAGUCGAUGCGCAUUGAUUCUGAUAUUCUUGAAGAGGACACUAAUUUAGAGCAGGAUGGUUCCCCCGCAAAUAAAUCAGCAUAUAAAGAGGAGGAGGAGGAGGAGAUUUACGAGAAGGUUAACUCUAGCAGGAAAGUGAACAAGAAAAUGCUGAUGGAGUAUAUUGUUUUCGCGUGCAGUUUGGGUGUUCUAGUAGCCAGCUUUACUGUCGAGAAACUAGAGAAUCUUAAGGUGUGGGGAUUGGAGAUGUGGAAAAUGUGUGUGCUUGUUAUGCUCAUAUUCUGUGGAAUGCUGGUUACGAAUUGUGUUUUGACUCUGUUAGUUUUUGUGAUUGAGAGGAACUUUCUGCUUACGAGGAAGAAGGAGGUGUUGUAUUUGGUUUAUGGAAUGAAAAAGAGUGUUCAGGUUUUCCUGUGGUUCGGUAUGGUGCUUCUCACAUGGCUAUUCUUUUUCAAAUUCAAUCGUGGCAAUGAGAGAUCAAAGACUUCCACCAAGAUUUUGGAUCACAUUACGUGGACUCUUGUUUCGCUGCUUAUUGGUGCCUUUUUGUGGAUGUUAUCAACUUUGUUGUUUAAGACCUUAGCAUCUAAAUUCAUGGCCGUCGCCUAUUUGGAUAGGAUUCAAGAAUCUUUGUUCCAUCAGUACGUUAUUGAGACACUUUCGGGGCCUCCGUUAGUAGAGGAGGAUGCCAAGAUUAGGAGAUCACCCAGCACAGGGUUUGCGAGUCUCAGGAGGAUAAACAAUGUGGAAAAGAAGGUCACUGGUAAGGUGAAUCCUGCAAGGAAGGUUUCAGUUGAGACCAUGGAUACGUUGGUGGGUGCAGUUUCUACUAAAGAUACAGAGAUUAGAAGUGAGUGGGAAGCCAAAGCUGCUGCCUUCAAAAUAUUUCGAAACGUUGCUAAGCAUGGUAACAAGUACAUCGAGGAGGAGGACCUCAUGAGGUUCAUGACUCGGGAAGAGGUGGGUAAUGUAUUUCUACUGUUUGACGGAGCAAUGGAAAACGGCAAAAUUAAAAGAAAAGAUCUACGUAAUUGGAUGGUAAAUGUCUACCAUGAACGCAGAGCAUUAGCUUGUUCUAUGACUGACACCAAAACAGUUCUAAAGCAAUUUGAGAAAUUUUUUACUAGCUUGGUGAUUGUUAUUACCAUCGUAGUGUGGCUACUGUUGGUGGGAAUUGCAAGUACAAACCUAGUUGUUUUCCUCUCAACACAGUUCUUAUUGGCAGCUUUUAUGUUUGGAAACACUUGCAAGAAUGUAUUUGAAGCUAUCGUGUUCAUGUUUGUGACACAUCCAUUUGAUGUUGGUGAUCGCAUUGUUGUUGAUGAUGUUUCGUUGAUGGUUGAAGAGAUGAACGUCUUAACUACCACCUUCUUGAAACCAAAUAAUGAAAAGGUGUACUAUCCAAAUUCAGUUUUGUGCUCCAAAAUCAUCAGCAAUUAUUACAGAAGUCCAGAUAUGGGAGAUACAGUGGAAUUCUCAAUUAUUUUGACACCAGUGGAGAAGAUAGACAUGCUGAGAAAGAGAAUAAAGGAAUACUUGGAGAGCAAACCGCAGCAUUGGCGUCCAGGCCACAGUGUGGUGGUAAUUGAUAUCGAAGAUGUGAAUAAGUUAAAGAUGGCACUCAAUAUUUGUCACACUAUGAACUUUCAAGAAAUUGGUGAAAGGAAUAAACGGUGAACUGAGCUAGUCAUCGAAUUGAUGAGAACUUUGGAAGACCUAAACAUCACAUACAGUCUGCUGCCCCAAGAAGUUCACCUCACUCAAAAAUAAAGCAGAUGCAACCGUUUCCUUCAAGAGAUGAAAGCCAAUCCCAUCGAUGAACGUUACAACUUACAAGGUCAUUCAGUGAAGGUUCCAAAAUAAAUAGCCUAGAGGGAUAUAUUGAUUGAUGAAGUUCCAUUUCUGUUAUACUGUAAGCAACUGUUCAAGUUUUCAUAGGAAUUGCUUAGAAGUCCUAAAUCCCACGUCAAGAGCAUGAAGUAUAUCUGUGUGUCUCAUCUGAAUAUGAAACGUAGAAGGCUUUUGGUAUGGAUAUAAAGUUGUGAUUUGUGAAAGUGAUACUGUUACAUACUGCUUAAUCGGCGGGUUAAUGUUA